AUGUCUGAUCACGACGUCAACUCUCUUAAAGAGAAGGCCCAAGUCGCCCAGCUCGAGCAGGAAGCCAUCUCUCAAGAUGAAGAAGACUUCAGAAAGAGGGAGCGCCGUCUCGUGCGCAAGCUUGAUCUGUACAUUGCGCCUCUCUUGGGCCUCUUGACUCUCAUUUCGUUCCUCGAUCGAGGAAAUAUCGGUUAUGCUGCCUCGCAGGGCAUGACAGUUGACAUCGGCCUGCAGGGUGUGCAGCUCAACAUUGCCAUUUCCAUCUUUUACGUCUUCUACAUUCUAGCUGAAAUUCCAGCUUCUCUCUAUGUGAAGAGACUUCGAUUCGACCGUGUGAUCCCCACUGUUGUCUUCUGCUGGGGCAUUGUCUGUCUCGGAAAUGGCUUCAUCACCAACUUUGCUAGUCUUGUCGCUUGCCGUCUGCUGUUGGGCCUCUUCGAAGGAGUGCUGUUCCCGAGCUCGGUAAUCUUGAUGGCCAAUUGGUACUAUCGGGAGGAGCUUGGACUGCGCAUCUCAUAUCUAUACAUUGCGGCGGCAUUGUCUAGCGCAUUUGGCGGACUCAUAGCAUUCGCCAUUCUGUAUAUGGAUGGCACGCAUGGAAUGGCGGGCUGGAGAUGGCUUUACAUCAUCGAAGGCAUCAUCACUGUUGUCAUUGCUAUCGCAUGCUUUUGGCUCAUUCCCAACCAUUACGAAACCGCCUACUUCCUGAACGAAGAUGACAAGAAGAUCAUGCGACGGCGCGCAGAACUCACCGAAUCAUACAAUGGUGGCCAAGGCCACUACACACGCAAGGACAUCAUGAUGGCCGUAAAAGACUCCAAAACCUGGCUCCACGGCCUGAUUCAAUUUGCCUGCAUGACUGUGGUAUACGGAUUUUCUGUUUUCCUGCCCAUCAUCCUACGUACUGGCUUCAACUAUUCUGUCAAAGAAGCGCAAUAUCUCGCUAUCCCAGUCUUCCUAUGGGGUGCCAUCGUCUAUGGAAUCGGAGGCUACCUUUCUGACAAGUUCAAGCAACGAUUCCUAUGCGUCGUGAUUGCAGCUCCAACCGGAAUUGUGGGAUACAUCAUCCUGCUUGCAUCCCAACAUGUUUCUGUUGGGGUUCGGUACUUUUCGUGCUUCUUGAUCUCGACCUGCAUCUUCCUGUGCGCCGGUGGCAACAUGGCUUGGUUGUCGCUCAAUACUGCUCCUGACGGCAAGAGAUCCGCCUCCGUCGGUAUCACCUUGACAUUAACCAAUAUUGGCGGUAUUGUGUCUGGUCAAAUCUACGUAGCCAGGCAGGCCCCUCUCUACAGAUUGGGUCACUCAUGGUCCCUUGCUUGUCUAGUCUUGUCUGUUGUCGGAUGGGUUAUUGUGAGAGCAAUCCUCAAGAAGCGAGAGGCAGGCAAGGACAAGGCAAUCGCGGAAGGAGUUGUCGUUCCUCCAGAGGACUUUUCUGACCGUGCACACACAUACAGAUACCAGAUCUGAUGCACCCAUUGGCAGUCCA